AUGGCGCUAGUACCACCAGAAAAGGCACCGUCGUCGGAUAGCAGUGGCUCUGACGAUGAGAAUCUCCUUCAAAAAAGAAAUUAUGAUGAUGAUGAUGUAACCUAUUGCAGUUCGGAUCCACAGUCUUAUCCCUCUUCCUUGGACCGUAUGAAUAUUUUGACUUACGAUGACGAAGACAUAGAAAACAUACCAUCUCCUCAUGCACCAAUAGUAUUGUCAGAUGAAGAAACCGUUCCAUUGUCACCCGUAAUAAACAAAAUGUUUCCCAGUGGUAGGCCACAGGAGCAAUUACCUCUAUUGAAUUCAGUUUCAUCAGUGCUAUCUCCACUUAUUAAUUCCCCGGCUGCAACAACUCGUUCUAAAAGAAAGACAAACGCAGUGUCUAGAGUUGUCUCAAAACGAGUAAAGAAGUUUGUAAGGAAACCCUUAAUAUUUAAGUGGAAACGCAAUAAAUUUCAGCAUUCAGCUAUCAUCGAAUUACCGUCGUAUGUACCACCAGUCGAAGCAACCGUAAAGUCACCCUUAGAUUACUUUAACGCCUUUUUUUCAGAAAAUAUUUUCAAGUUAAUUACAGAUAACACUAAUUUGUAUUCAGGUACAUUCAUUCAAAGUGGAGCAGCCCGGAGUAUCAACAUUACUACUGAUGACAUUAGAGAUUUUAUCGCCAUAACUUUGCUGAUGGGUGUAGUACAAAUGCCAAGUUACAGAGACUAUUGGAGUAAUGCUUUGAGAUAUCCCCUUGUGGCUAAUAUAAUGACUUUAAAAAAAUAUGAAAAAAUACGACGAUAUCUUCAUUUUGUAGACAACACAGACACAAAUGACGACCGGUAUUUCAAAGUUAGACCAAUUUUGGAAUGUGUUCGCAAUAACUGUUUACAGCUUGUGGAAGAAAAAAAAUACAGUGUCGAUGAAAUGAUGGUGCCCUACAAAGGCACAAGAGCAGGAAGUAGACGCCAAUAUUUGCCAAAAAAGCUAAAAAAAUGGGACUUUAAAAUCUUUGUAAGAGCAGGAGUAUCCGGCUUAAUAUAUGAUUUCCUCCCUUACGGCGGUGAGGAUACUUUCAGGGGGAGAUGUUUAACAGAGUAUGAGAAUAGUUUGGGUCUUGGUGCUAAGGUCGUUAUAGCACUCUGUAAGACCAUUAAAGAAAAGCCUUCAACGGUUUAUUUUGAUAAUUUUUUUACGUCGCUAGAACUUAUUCAACAUUUACGAAACGAAUAUGGCCUGUUUAGCUUAGGGACGAUAAAGAAUAAUCGUUUGAGGGGAUGUCAAACCAUUUUGUCAUCAGACAAGGUACUGGCAAAAAAAGGAAGAGGCGCAAAUCAACAGAUUGUGUGCAAUGCCAAUAAAAUUGCCGUAGUCAAGUGGUUUGACAAUAAAGUAGUGACAUUAGCAAGUUCGUAUGUUGAUUCACAUCCAAAAGAAAAGAUAAAGCGGUAUUGCAAGGAAACUAAAUCUAAAGUUGAUGUAGAGUGCCCACAAAAUAUAGUGAAGCAUUACAACGCUCACAUGAGCGGGGUGGAUCUAUCAGACAUGAUAUCUUUGUAUCGCUCCAAUUUUAAGACAAAAAGAUGA